AUGUCUAGUAUUCUUGAAAGUCUGAACUCUUAUAGGCAUGAGAUGCUAAAGCACCGACAAAAAAACAAUAAUUUGAUUUCUAGCUCUAAAGGAUCACUUUUCUACAAGAGUCCUGGAGUUUUGAACAGUAAAAGAAAAAAUAAUUGGUCUCCUGUUAUAAAAGACCACAACGCCUGAAAAUCUAAAUUGGGCAUUGCACUCUCUUUAAGCAAAAAUGAAAGGAGGGAUCAAGAAAGUCCAAAUAAAAUUAAGUUCUCAGUGGAUUCUGAAGGGCUUAAUAGCCACAGAAGUUCCAAAUCUCUUGGUAUCUGGAGAUUCUGCUCACCAAAAAAAAGAAUAAAAACAUAUAGAGUUGAUUCAGCAAAAUUGCUAUAUGAUAGAGUCACAGCUUAUCUAGAAAAACAUUUCAAGAGUGGUAAGUCCGGUAGCCCUCUAGAACCUUAUAAGCUCCCUCUAAGAACUGAUACUUAUCUAUCUAAAAAACAAAGACUCGAAAACAUAAAAAUAAAUUUAGAAAAAAAAUUCCAAGAACGCGAAGAAAAGCUGAAAGCAAAGCAAUCCGAUUAUGAUAAUUAGGUAUUUAUGGAGUACGUUGCAUGCUCCCAGUAUCAUGCCUUGCAAAAAGUGUGGAUUGUGCAAAGAGUAUAAAGGGUUAAGCACGACUGAUGACGCCACGGGCCAUUCUGGCUCUUAAAAAUGUGCAGACAUUUCAUCGUGCCCGUUCUUCUUUCAAAUCACACUUCUCAUCCGCGUGUUGCCGUCGCUCUUGUUAAGCUCAGCUCCUGCACGUAUUCUGUCUAAGGGUCUCCCUCCUCGUGUGUGCGGAGUGGAAAACCCUAGGCCUCUUGAAUGCACAGGGAAGCAGUUCCUCUAGUCUUAUCUGACCAAAGCUAAACCGCUGCGGCUGUGCAGAAGUUCUCCAAAUAAAACAAAACUCCAUGAAAUAUAAAUCCAUGAGGGAGAAAAUUGUCAAAGCUAAACUACCUCGAACUGAAUGCCAUUUUUAUUUAUGAAAGUAAAUUAAUCCAAUGAAGAUAAAACCUUAUUUUUUACUCCACAAAAGUAUAGCGAAAUAGAACUUAGUCAGAGCCCUGAAGAAUUAAACGAAAUUCUUGAUAUUCAGCUUUCAGUUGAAAACAAAGCCAGGCUAAACGAAACUUUUAAUUCAAAUAUUUUAACCCCAAGAGAAUAUGAAUCUGCUCAGCUUGAAGAUGGGUUUUUAGACAAAUUAUCUUCUGAUAGCAUUAGUCUCGCUCCUCCAUCAUCAUGCUCAAGCCGAUUUGAUAAAGAGAAAAAUAUUGAUAGUGGUUGCAUGGCUUCAAUGCCAUAUGAAAAAUUAAUUGGGAUGGAAAUCAUCUGUAGAUAUUGCUUCAAAGUAAUAAUUCAAGCUUUUGAUGGCUUCAAAAACUCUUACAGCUUUGAAGAAGACGAUGAUUUUUUUGAAUACUUUAUUUUUGAUAAGCCACUGCUGGAUUAUGAUUAUUUAGAAGAGCCUAAUUACUAUGAUGAAGAAGCAAAUAUUGAAACUAUUGCCAUUUAUAAGUCAGAGCUAGAUGAGCAUCCAGCAAGUCAGACUAUUAAUAAGCUUACUGAAGAUUAUGCUUUGUAUGAAGAUAAAAGCUACAAACAAAAUGAUGAAAUAUUCGAAUAUAGAGCUGCCAAAAAACAAGCCUCUAGCUAUAAUUAUUUAGAAGAGUCCAAUGAUAUUAAUAAAGAAAUUGAAUACUCUAUUAUGACUAAAUAAAAUGGCAAUUUCUUUGAGAGAAAUUAGCUCUCGAACUAAAUGCCAUUUUAUUUAUGUGGUUCGGUUUUCUCUCGAGAACUUCUGCACAGUGGCAGCGGUUUAACUUUGGGGGUAGCCAGAGGAACUGCUCCAGGGUGUUACUAAGAGGCUAAGAGUUUUGCCUCUCAGCAGAUCCGAGGAGGGUUAACCUUUUGGCUGAAUUCGGGCAGGAGCUGAGUGAGGCAAGAGCGAGUCAUCGCCCUUGGUGAGAAGGGCUGGCCAGGAUGGCAGGCUGCUGAUUUGGGAUAGUCUGACCUUUAGGACCCGGAAUGCUCUUGACUCACCAUUUUGGCUUUGUCCCUUUAAUGGGGGUGCAGAGUUAGACGCCUUAAAUACUCUAAUUAUUUUAAUGAAUACUCAAUUAUGAAUAAACAAAAAUCAGGCUAUAAUUAUUUAGAGGCAUCAAUUGACAUAAAUAAAGAAUUUGAAUAUUCAGUUUUAAUUAAGCCAAAAUCAGAUUAUGAUUGUUUAUCAGAAUGUGAUUCUAGUCAGAUUGAAAUUGAAUAUUCCAAGGGUUUUUAUAAUAGUACAAUCACAUAUUCUAUUAUCAAUCCCCCAUUAGCUGACUACAGCUAUUUGAAAGAUCUCAAAUUCUAUGGCUGCGAAAAAAAAUUGACAUACCAUAUUAUCAAUAAGCCAAUAGCUGACUGUAACUACAUGGAAGAUUGCAGAUAUGAGAAAACUCUAGGAUAUCAACUCACAAAUAAGACAAUUGCAGACUACAACUAUUUGAAGGAUUAUUCAUCAUUCGAACAAAUUUUAUCCAAAGUGUUCAAUAAAUCAUCUUUUCAUUACAAUAGUCUCAAAGUAAAAUAUUGGUCUAAAUUUUCAAGUUGCAGAGUUAUUUCAUAUUUUGUACUUAAUAAGCCCCGCUCAUAUUUCAAUAUCCUAAAAGAUGAUGCAUUUUAUCAGCAAACCUUAUCUCAAGCUUUAAAUAAACUGAAUUCCCAUUACCACUUCAUCAAGAAAAAGUAUUGAAGCCAAUGAUUAUGCUCUUAUAUUUUUACUUUGUCUAGCUUAUCUAGUGAAAAUGAAUUGACAGACAUUUCUAUGCACAAAGAAACAAUAUCAAAGGCACUUAAUAAUUUCAAUGCUUAUUACGCUUUUCUUAAUUCGAAGUAUUGGGAGAAAUGGGCUAUUUUUGCUAAAAAUUCAAUGCUCAAAGAAAAAUCCAUCAGAAAAAUUGCAAGAUCAAUAUACAAAUCACAAGGGAAAUUGAAAUUUUCUUUUUUCCUUAAAUUGUUAUCAUAUGUAGAAAAAAGAAAGUAUGCUCUUUGUGUAUUUAAAACACUUUUUCACAAGAGAGAAAAACAAAUCAUUGAUUUCUGGCGUCAAAUUUCUUCAAAAACUCCAAUUGUAAAUAAUGAGCUUCUAUUUAUUGAAGAACUCAAUCUGAGUACAUCACAUAUUGAUAGCGAAGCAGUUGAUAAUUUCUAUAAGCCUCUUGAGUUUAUUUACAAAUCAAGGCUUCGGACUGGCUUUUCAUCUUUUUUGUCUCUUUUUAAUAAGAUCCAAAAGCCUCCUGUCAACUUAUCAAAUAUCUCUAUCUACAAGUAUCGGCUGAUCAAAGAAAAAAUAGAAAAAUUUUUGGCAUGCUUACUCCCCCCUCCGUGAGCUAACAAAAUCAUUAGAAAAAUCCCUAUUUUUUGCCCAAAAACCCACCCUCCGUGAGCGAACAAAAUUUUUUUAUGAAAAAAAAAAUUGAUAUAUAAGUGAUAAUUAUUAUCAUGAAUCUCUAGCUAAUUCUGUUUAAUUUUAAACAAAUCACGUUUUAAAACAUAAAUUUUACAAAUUAAAUUAAUAUUUGCUUUCUAAUUUUUGCGAAUUAGGGAUUUUUUUAAAUUUCGAAAAAAAAAAUCUAUAUAAUUUUUAUAUAUAAAUUUUUUAAAAAAAAAUUAACUCCCUCCGUGAGCAAAUAAAAUUUUUUUGUUCGCUUACGGAGGGGGAGCUAGAGAACAAGGCUUCAAAAACUUCAAAUAUAUAUUUCUACAAGUGGAAAAGUCUUUAA